CAUUUGCAUAUAAGUUCCUCCAAUAGCUCUUCAAAAUAGUUUGUAUUUGUCAUACAUUGUUGAAUUCAUUUGUUUUUCAUGUACUAUAUUAGUUUCUUGCUUUCACAUUAAGGAUACAAACAUUGGAUUUAUUCAAUGAAGAUGAAAAGUGAAGAUAUUGUUCAUGAAUUAAGCAUUACUCACAAGCAAGAUCCAACUGCUCUUGCAGGAAAUAAGGUUUUGCCAAUCACUGAAUCGGCGCAAUCGUUAUCCAUAAACAACAAUGAUCAAUGCUCUAAUGUAGAGAAGAAAGAUAGAGCCAUGGGCGAUAAAAGCAGAGCCGUAUCCCGGAUGAAAGAGCUAAUGAGAUGGGCUGCUGCUGCUGCUGCUACCAAAUCUGAGAAGGGAGGAAAGUACAUUGGUAGAAAGGUCUUGCAGUUUCGAAAUAGAUCCACUUUAAAGGCAGUGCCGGAUGACAGUCAAUGUAGCAAUGACACUCCAAAGAUCAGUUUUAGAUGGGAUGUAGAGAGUUGUUCUACCAUUUCUACCAUUUCACUGGCUUCAUCUUUAAAUCAUGAACAAAUCAAGAAUGCACCUUCAGUGAACUCUACUCCUCUACAUGUUAGAGAUGAGUGUGUUGGUACAACUGGAAACUGGAUCACGACGGAUUCUGAAUUCGUCGUGCUAGAACUAUGAAGAUUGGAUUCAGAUGAAGUCGCUAAUUGUAGAUUGUUCCUCGAGAUUGGUCAACAAGGAUGUUCGAAAUGUAUCUGAGUUAUGGCCGAAUGAAAUUUUGACUUUAUCAAAAACAGAGAAUUUGAUGUAAAUUCAAAGAUUAUACAUCCAUUCUUGUGCUUAUGAUUUUAUUGAUGGAAAAUCGAAGGAAUUUGUGACAUUGUAGAUUUUACGAAUG